AUAGACUCCAGUACAGCCUCUUCCAUCAAUACAGCUUCAUUAGCUGAAUCAGCCAUUCUCAUUAACACAACUUCAUUAGCAGUUACUAUAUCUUCCACCAACUCUUUAGUACCAGUUUCAUUGUCCUCAACCAUUACAGAGUCACUACCAACUACAUUCUCCUCAACCAACACAGGAUACUUAAUAGUUACAGCCUCCUCAGCCAACUCAAAUUCCUUACCAGUCACAGACUCUUCAACCAGCACUGGUUCAUUGCCAGCCACAACUUCCUCAAACAAUACAACUUCCUUUCCAGUCACAGCCUCCUUAGGCAAUACAACUUUCUUACCAGUCACAGACUCCUUAAACAAUGCAACUUCCUUACCAGUUUCAGCCCUCUCAAGCAACGCAACUUCCUUACCUGUCACAGAUUCCUCCAACAAUGCAACUUCCAUACCAGUCACAGCUUUCUCAAACAAUACAACUUCCUUAACAGUCACAGACUCCUCAAACAAUGCAACCUUCUUACCAGUCACGGCUUCCUCAAACAAUACAACUUCCUUACCAGUCACAGCCCCCUCAAACAAUACAACUUCCUUACCAGUCACAGCCUUCUUAAACAAUUCAACUUCCUUACCAGCCACAGCUUUCUCAGACAAUGCAACUUCUAUACCAGUCACAGCCUCCUCAAACAAUGCAACUUCCUUACCAGUCACAUCUUCAAACAAUACAACUUCCUUACCAGUCACAGCUUUCUCAAACAAUACAAUUUCCUUAACAGUCACAGACUCCUCAAACAAUGCAACUUCCUUACCAGUUUCAGCCCCCUCAAACAAUGCAACUUCUUUACCAGUCACAGCUUUCUCAAACAAUGCAACCUUCUUACCAGUCACGGCUUCCUCAAACAAUACAACUUCCUUACCAGUCACAGCCCCCUCAAACAAUACAACUUCCUUACCAGUCACAGCCUUCUUAAACAAUUCAACUUCCUUACCAGCCCCAGCUUCCUCAAACAAUGCAACUUCCUUACCAGUUUCAGCCCUAUCAAACAACGCAACUUCCUUACCAGUCACAGCUUCCUCCAACAAUGCAACUUCCAUACCAGUCACAGCUUUCUCAAACAAUACAACUUCCUUAACAGUCACAGACUCCUCAAACAAUACAACUUCCUUACCAGUCACAGCCCCCUCAAACAAUACAACUUCCUUACCAGUCACAGCCUUCUUAAACAAUUCAACUUCCUUACCAGCCACAGCUUUCUCAGAUAAUACAACUUCUAUACCAGUCAUAGCCUCCUCAAACAAUGCAACUUCCUUACCAGUCACAGCUUUCUCAAACAAUACAACUUCCUUAACAGUCACAGACUCCUCAAACAAUUCAUCUUCCUUAACAGUCACAGACUCCUCAAACAAUACAACUUUCUUACCAGUCACAGCCUUCUUAAACAAUUCAACUUCCUUACCAGCCACAGCUUUCUCAGACAAUACAACUUCUAUACCAGUCACAGCCUCCUCAAACAAUGCAACUUCCUUACCAGUCACAUCUUCAAACAAUACAAUUUCCUUACCAGUCACAGCCCCCUCAAACAAUACAACUUCCUUACCAGUCACAGCUUUCUCAAACAAUACCAUUUCCUUAACAGUCACAGACUCCUCGAACAAUGCAACUUCCUUACCAGUUUCAGCCCCCUCAAACAAUGCAACUUCUUUACCAGUCACAGCUUCCUCAAACAAUGCAACCUUCUUACCAGUCACGGCUUCCUCAAACAAUACAACUUCCUUACCAGUCACGGCUUCCUCAAACAAUACAACUUCCUUACCAGUCACAGCCCCCUCAAACAAUACAACUUCCUUACCAGUCACAGCCUUCUUAAACAAUUCAACUUCCUUACCAGCCACAGCUUUCUCAGACAAUGCAACUUCUAUACCAGUCACAGCCCCCUCAAACAAUACAGCUUCCGUUCCAGUCACAGCUUCCUCAAACAAUACAACUUCCUUACCAGUCACAGACUCCUCAAACAAUGCAACUUUCUUACCAGUCCCAACUUCCUCAAACAAUACAACUUCCUUACCAGUCACAGCUUCCUCAAACAAUACAACUUCAUUACCAGUCACAGCUUCCUCAAAUAAUCCAACUUCAUUACCAGUCACAGCUUCCUCAAAUAAUCCAACUUCAUUACCAGUCACAGCCUCUUCCAGUAGCACACUGUCAUUAACAGCUUCUUCAGGAUCAGUACUCAGUAACACUACUACAGCUGGUACUACAUAUACCACAAUAGUAUCCACUACAAUCGCCACUGCUUCAGUCCCUUUGGAUUUUAGAAUUACCAGUAUUCAAUUUACGGACAACCUAACAAACCCUGAUUCUGACGAAUAUAAGUCACUGAAGAACAAUGUGGAAGAUGGGCUGACUCCUGUUUACAGAAGCAAAUUCAGUAACUUUCAAAGUGUACGGGUCACAAACUUCAGUAAAGGCUCAGUGAUUGUUACCUCUGCACUUGAAUUUAACGUCACAUCCGAAACAGCACCCACUCCAGAUAACACGGUGCGUGCUAUGGUCAGCAGCCUAGGAAGUAAUUCAUCUGUUGGGACUUUUCAAGUAGACCAAAGCAGCAUCACUUCUAAAGAUGUCAAUAUAAGUAAUUUGUCUCCACUCAAUGUAAGUGUCAGCUGUGUUCUUGUAAGACCAUUUAACGCGUCAGAAACAGGGGACCUGAAGACUCAGAUUGUGGAAUGGGUGCAGUCAAUUUUACUAAACCUUCUCAAUGGUACAACCGUCUCCACCAUAUUUCUAACCGAGAAUUCUAGUGGCUGGACCAAAUUCACUGCAUACUUUGCUGUUAACACCCUCCAGCUAUUGAAUAACACUGAUGCUCUGACUAAAACUUUAUCAUCCAGAGGAAAUCUUUCCAUUAUACCAGACAGUCUAACCAUCCAAGGGAGCACUUUGACUUUCAAUACUAUUACCAUUGAACCUGGAUUUCUCAACGUGGCUCAAACAUCCGACCUCACUAGUAGAAACAGUACCGGGUUCCAGAAUCUUUCCAAACUUAUACAGAAAUCGUUCAAGGACAUAUUUGGCAGCGAUUUAGUGGAGCCCGUUGUAACCAGCUAUAGGUUAUCGCUCAGUGAUGUUUUGGCCUCCGUGAAUCUUUACUUCCAAAGUAGUGUGAAUACAACUGCGGUUGUAGCUAAAACAGUAGCCAGUGGAGCAGCGUUCACAAACAAUAGCCUCACAUUGGACCCUUUAACAUUAUCUCCUCAAGUGAAAGUGACAGUGCAGUUCACUCUGAUACAGGACUACAUUUCUUCCCUCUCAAAUCCUGCCUCAUCUGAUGCUACCAGUCUAGAAACCACCAUUCUAAACUUGCUGACACCAAUUCUCAAACAGAGUUACUCUGAUGCCCUCCAGAAUUCCUCCACAGUGACAUUCAGUAACAAUGCAGGCUCCGUAGCCGCUUUGAUUCAGUAUAACAUCAACUCCACAAUCUCAGCUGACAAUACGAACACAGUGAAAUUGCUCCUAGCGAACUCAAGUUUUAGCAGCCUGAUCCGCAAAGCAUCUCUGAAUGUUAAUGGCGCAAAGCCAUCUCUGCAAGUAUUCACAUUCUCUCCAAGAUUCACUAACGGAGUGUACAGUGCGAACCUGAAAAACAGAAGCAGUACCGAGUUCAAGACUCUUGAGAGCAUCAUUGUAACUGCAUUUGGACAAAUCCUGCAAAAUAUCAACCCUCAACAAAUUGUAGUAGCAUCAUUUAGGGAAGGAUCCGUCAUCUCUGACACAGAACUGACCUUUGCACAAUCGACAACGUCUUCAGAUGCUAUUGCUGCACAGAUAGUAAAUAAUGCGGACUCUCUAAAGAACUAUGGGCUAGUGUUGGAUCCUAACUCUGUCUAUGUUGCACCAGCAGUAAGUGCACCAACUAUUGCACCCGUUAAUACGUUCCCGGGUUACGCAGUUGCCAUCAUCAUCAUGGGCAUCUUGGUUCUACUAGCCAUCAUAGUGCUGGGGCUGCUGGCAUGUUACACUGACGUGUUUCAGAGACUUGCCAAUGCUUGCAAGCUCAAGUCGCCAGGUGGCUAUGACUCAGUAGGGCGCUCCUAUCCACAGUUAUCAAGUUACAGGGUAAGUACCCAUUCAUAUGAUCUCAGCCAUUAGUUAUCUUCCACAGUCCAUGCACCUUCAAAACCAGCAUUCAUCUUGUACUGAACGGUUACCACUGGGAUCAAGGGUAUGGACAAGCUACUACAAUCACUGCCAAAGACAGAAGAAAUUAAUCUAAUCUUACUAUUCACCAAAUGUUGUUGCAGCAUUUUUGUCAUUUGUUGGACUUUAACCUAGAUCAGUUUACUGUGUAACCAAGACACAGACUGAAACAUAUGCCCUGAGAAUUAUACACUUGAUAUAUAGGUGUUGUAAUGAUCUGUGUUUACAGGAACACUCCAAUUGGGAAAGUAAUUAUGUAUUUUUUUUAUUGGG